GCCGUGAUGUGGAUGCCGUACCUGUCUCUUUCUCCCUCUCUUUGUUAUAAGUAUACCGUCCACCACGGCGUCGAGCUAAGUCCGCUCUCAAUCUACUCCCUCAUCCCCUCACGUCAACAGCACGCUCAGACCUACCUAGAUUCACGAUGUCGACUCUUGUGAUCAGAGAGGUUGCCGAAAAUGUAUGGACAUUCUCGAGACCUUUUACCCUACUGGGGUUGUUCCCUACAGGCGGGCGGUCCACUGCGAUAAGACUGCAGUCAGGAGAUGUCUGGAUACUCGCUUCAACUCCUUUGGACGAUGAGACGAAGCAGAAGCUCUCAGAGCUUGGCAAAGUCAAGUAUAUUCUCGCUGGCAAUGCUUUCCACUACCUGUUCUUGAAGGAUUACAAGGCGGCAUACCCUGACGCCAAGCUUAUUGGACCGGAGGCUUUGCCCAAGCUGAAGAAGAUUGACUUCACACUGGAUGCUGUAUACAGCGCGUCAAACCCAGAUGCCCAGUUCGGCUACGAGGAUGAGAUCAUCGGAUGCUACUUCUCGUCCCACGCAAACAAAGACAUUGCGUUCCUUCACAAGCCUUCCAAAACUGUAAUCGCUGCCGACCUUCUCUUCAACAACCCACCCAACGAGCAGUACUCCAAGUCAAAAGACUCGCCGAAGUCGUUCCUUCUUUCGGGCCUAGUUCCCACCGGCAGGACCAUGCGCUUAUUCAUCUGGCAGAAAGAAGAGAAUAAGGCGGGGAUGGUUCGGGAUGCAAAGACGGUGGCUUCGUGGGACUUUGUCCGUUAUAUCCCUUGUCAUGGAGACGUCAUCGAGCAUGGUGCGAACGAAGCAUGGAGGUCCGCGUGGAGGAAUUACCUCGCAUGAAGGCUCGGCGGUCUCUGUAUGUGACGUAGUGCGUUUCUUUUGCCUUGGUCUUUCCUUAGCUUGUUUCUGCGACAACGAUUUAUCGGCCUGUCCUAUCGCUACGCUCUGAUAAAC